AUGAAGCAUGAGAGGAUUCUCCAGUUCUUAGGCACGGAGUGGAAACCAGACGACAGCAGCCUGCUCAUUGUGCUUCAGUACGCUGAACAUGGUUCUCUUCAUUCCUUUCUGUGUAAACACGCCAGCAGCUGGAUGCUGUCCAUGAGGCUGUGCCAGUCCUUAUCGGAGGGACUUUCCUAUCUCCACUCUGACCUCCGCAGCAAUGAUGUGCACAAACCUCCCGUUGCCCACAGAGACCUCACCAGCUCCAAUGUACUGGUGAGAGCAGACGGGACUUGUGUCUUGUGUGAUUUUGGAUCCUCCACCAUCCUACGUUCUUGUUCAGGACAUCGCUUCUGGAGAAACCACUCCACAACCAUGACGGGUCAUCUUCAGUUUUGCACGCUCAACUACAUGUCCCCUGAGAUCCUGGAGGGCUCUGUGAACCUCAGCAGCAGCUCAUUUCUCCUGCAGGGUGACAUCUAUGCCUUAGGUCUGAUUUUGUGGGAGAUAUGGAUGCGCUGUUCUGAUUUGUUUACAGGGGGCGCUGUUCCAGAGCAUCUCCUGCCUUAUGAACUGGAGCUGGAUGCCGAUGUAACACUGGAGAGGCUCAUCCUGUUUGUGUCUGAGAUGGACAGGAGACCCUCCAUUCCUGGAAACUGGGAGAUGUUACCACAGGGACUUGGGCUAAAGGAGCUGCUGACAGACUGCUGGGACCGAGACACAGACGCUCGGCUGUCAGCUCCGUGUGUCGUAAACAGAUUAAUGUCUCUGUAACCUUUUAAACGCGAUGAUUUUUGUUCCUUUUUUUUUUCUUCCAAGUUGAUACAUUUAUGGAUAUAAAGAUAAUGGUUCCCGUUUUGUCUCACCGCUGUUUGUUGUAGUUUCUCAUUUUUUGCUUGCUAUGUAAUCUGAUCGCAUGAACUUUCAAUA